AUGAAGCCUCCGUUCCGGAUAGCCGUGCUCGAGUGCGACACGCCGCUGCCCGAUGUCGUCAACGAGUUCGGCACCUAUGGCCCCAUUUUCGAACGCCUGCUGAAGGCUGGCGCCGACGGUCUGGGCCAGCCCGAUGUGAUAACUUCCAAGGACCUGCAGGUUUCAUUCUACCACGUUGUCGACAACGAGGAGGCAUACCCCUCUCUCGACGAUGUAGACGCCGUUCUCCUGACCGGAUCCAAGCACAACUCGUUUGACGACAAGCCUUGGAUCCUCAAGCUUGUCGAUUUCACCAAGAGGGUUCUUGCCCAGGACCGCGUGCGCCUGAUCGGUAUCUGCUUUGGCCACCAGAUCAUUGGCCGCGCCUUAGGCGUUAAGGUUGACAGGAGCACGACCGGAUGGGAGGUGUCCGUCCUGCCCUUUACUUUGACGGAGAAAGGCAAGGAGCUGUUUAAGAAAGACACGAUUAACAUCCACCAAAUGCACCGCGACAUCGUCUAUGAGUAUCCCGCCGGGAUCGAGGCGCUGGGCCACUCGCCGCUCUGCGAGGUCCAAGGCAUGUAUGCCAAGGGCCGGCUGAUCACGGUGCAGGGACACCCGGAGUUCAACGAGAAAAUCAUGGUGGUGAUCCUCAAGGCGCGGCACGAGAACGGUAUCUUCGACGACGAGCUAUUUAAAGAGUCGCUGGGACGGGCGCCGCAGCCGCAUGACGGACUGGUGAUUUCGCAGGCAUUCAUCCGGUUCCUGCUUGAGGACUAG